AUGAAGUCUACUGCGAUCCAGUCUAUUGGAAACGGUUUUAGCACUAUGUUGAAUCACUUAUUGACAUCGGUUAAAUCAGCUUUAAGCAGUCAAACAAUAGUUACGGGACCUUUACCGGAUGUCACAGCUGCUGUGCCGGAGUUGGGUACCAAUGCGAUAUCAGGCGGAGAAGCCGGUGCUGUUGAAUUUGCCGGUUUAUUUCCCAAAAUGAUCGGUCCAGAAGUUAUCGUUCCGCAUCAAAUAAAUGGUCUGAUUAUUAAUGAGUUGACGUCGAUUCGUUCAUCAUCUGAGUCUGGAGAAUAUCAAAGAGACACUCAACCGCCUUUAGUAUCCUUCGAGCUAGCUAAACUAGGUGACGAUACAGCGGGUCGGGACCUGGAAGAGCGGAUUUCAGCAUUACAGAGUCGGCAAGACAUGUUGCGACAAAAUGUUGCGAUACUAAGAAAUCAGCUGGGGAGACUUCAGACUGUACGGGCGAGACUAAUUGGUGAAGCCGGCCCGAUGCUGGAUUUGUCCGGCACGCUACUAUCACAGUUAACGGACAAGCUUGGCCAGUCUUUCGGACCGCCUCUGAGCGGCGCAUUCGACAAUUGGUCUCCUGCAAAUGGCGACUUGGCAAUAAUAAAAUCUACCGAUACCAUAGGUAAUUCCGCUGAGCAUUACGGGUUGGAAGCGUUCAAUGAUGGUGACCCAAUCAGUCAGCUAACUCACGCCAUUCGGAACCAAAUGAGAAUCGAUUAG